CUGGCCCACGGACAGCUUCCCCGCAAACAAGCGAGUCUUGGCGGGCCGAAGCGAAGUCCGCUCGGGCGGAGAGGAGGGAGAGCCCGGCUGGGCUGACGGAGGGAGGCCGCUGAGAGGAGGAGGAGGAGGGGAGGCCGGGGAGGCGGCAGGUCAAAAUGGGUUUCAUGUUUUCGAAGUCUGUGAAUGAAAGCCUGAAGAGUCAACAGGAGUUUAUGCUCAUGAACUCUCGACUUCAGCUUGAAAGGCAACUCCUGAUGCAAAAUCAGAUGCGUGAGAGGCAAAUGGCUAUGCAGGUUGCUUGGACGCGGGAAUUUCUCAAGUAUUUUGGAGCAUUUUUCGGACUUUCUGUCGUCGGUCUCACAGCUGGGGCAAUUAAAAGAAAAAAGCCUGGAUUAUUCAUUCCAAUUGUUCCUUUAAGUUUUAUACUUGCCUACAAUUAUGAUAUGGGUUAUGGAUCACUUCUGCAAAGAAUGAAAGGUGAAGCAGAGAAUAUACUUGACACAGAGAACGCGUUGGUGGAAAUGCCAAAAGGACCCCUCACUUUCGAUGGCCUUGAAAAAGCCAGAAGAGCACAGAGCUUGUUUUUCAUUGAAAAAUAGUUUGGUGUGGUGAAGCAGUGCUUCAGAGAACAGAAAUAUCUAUUUGUAAUCAUGUCACUGACUUGUGAAGCUCUGAUCUAACAGUGUGUAUGCAGGGAGCCUUUGCUAAAAUCUCACCAGUCAAGCUGCUUGACAAGAAAGACAGUUGGUGUGUGUGUGUGUGUGUGUGUGUGUGUGUGUGUGUGUGUGUCUAGAUUCUAGAGACCAUUGCUCUCCCUCUCAAAAAGCCGAUAGGCCAAUUAUUAUUUUUUAAUCUGGGCUAAGCACACACAAUUUCUCCUGUUGGAUCAGAGAAGAGGACUACAUGCACUAUACCUAGAUGGAUCAUGGCAAACUUGUUUUAAAAAACUAUUAUCUGACUGUAAUGCGCAUUAUGGAAUAAAACGGAUUUAAUACAA